CAUCCAGACUCCACGGCAUACACUGAUGACGCGCAGCCAGCUUCCGCGAUGCCGUCGAUCUCACCGGCAGAUUUACUUGCCUGCUCAGGCCGGUGCUUCACGAAGCGCGACCUCCGGCUCCUCCAUGCCGCUCUCCUCCGUCGCCGCCACAUACUUCCGGCGGCCGAUGCCGUCGCGGUGCUCGCCAAGCUCCUCCGCUUCGCCGCUGUGUCUCCCGCCGGCGACCUCCGCCACGCCUCCGUGCUCCUCUCUCUCCACCUCCCGUUCAUCUCCGCUGCCGCUUCCCACCUCGCCUUUUUCUACAACACCCUCAUUCGCGGCUUCGCUGUCUCCUCAUCGCCCAGCGCUGGCAUCGAGCUCUUCACCGCGAUGCGCCGCGCGGGCGCCGCUCCCGACGCCUUCACCUUCACCUUCGUCCUCAAAUCUUGCUCCCGCUGCCAUUCGCCUGGUCGGUUGCCUUCUGACCUCCACGCUCAGGCGUUCAAGCACGGUUGCCUCAGCGCGCGGAGCGAGCACGUUCAUGUACACAAUGCUUUGCUGCACGCGUACGCGUCUCGGUCCGCCGUCGACGACGCCCACAGGGUGUUCGACGAAAUGCCCGUCAGGGAUGUAGUCUCCUUCUCAGGGCUACUUACGGCGCACCUCAAAAACAACCAGCUGGACUCCGCGCGCAUGGUGUUUGACCAGAUGCCACACCGUGAUGUUGUUUCCUGGACUGCCAUGAUCUCUGCCUAUGCCAGGGCUUCACGUCCACAGGACGCCCUGGCAUUGUUUGAUGCAAUGCCAGUGCAACCAGACGAGGUGACCAUGGUAAGUGUUGUGUCAGCAUGCACUGCACUUGGGGACCUUGCGACUGGGGAGCGUCUGCGUCUUUAUGUUGAUUCCAAUGGUUUUGGGUGGAUGGUUUCACUCCGCAAUGCACUCAUGGACAUGUAUGCUAAGUGUGGGUGCCUACCUGAAGCACGCGAGUUGUUUGAUGGGAUGGCAAUAAGGAGCUUGGCAUCUUGGAAUACACUUAUCUUAGCAUAUGCAUCACAUGGUGAUGAGGAAAGCACAAUUGCUUUGUUUCAUCAAAUGCUGGCUCAUGACAAUUCUGUGAAGCCAGAUGGGGUGACGCUGCUUGCAGUGCUCACCAUGUAUGCACACAAGGGCUGUGUUGAGGAGGGGCGCACUGUGUUUGAUGCGAUGCAAAGAGGAGAUUAUGGCAAAGUGGAGCUGACCGUCGAGCACUAUGGGUGCAUGGUGGACUUGCUUAGUCGGGCAGGACACCUUGAGGAAGCUUACAAGAUGAUAGAGCAAAUGUCGAUUCCAAGCAAUGAUGUGGUCUGGGGUGUGUUACUUGGUGCAUGUCGUAUGCAUGGCAAUAUUGACAUGGCAGAGAAGGCAGUCCAAAAACUACGGAUCCUAAACCCACAUGAGGGUGGUUACUACAUUUUGCUCAUAGAUAUGUACACAGCCGCUGGCCGAACAGCAGAAGCCAUGGAGGUUAGACGGACCAUGAAUAAGACCAGGGCCAAGAAAACUACAGGCUGGAGCUGCCCGACUACCGUCUGUCUUCCUCAACAGUAAUUUUCCGAGACCUAUCAGUUUUCACUUGACACCAGAGAGGGAUGGUUACAUGUGUCUUUGUCUUCCUACUGAUGUUGUGAUGACUGGUCAUUAGUAUGGUUACACUGAAUGAUCUAUCGACAGGUAAAAAUGCAAAAAUGCACCAUAAUCAGAUCCUGUCAUUAUGAAUGCUUCUGCAGUCCAAGUCUAUAGCUAUCUCUAGUAUUGUUUAUGUAGUAUCCUGUUGCACAUCAACAAGGAAAAUACAAAGCGAUCAUGUAUAGAGCCUUUGGUGGCACCGAACCUUGAAGGGAUCAGACUUCAUAGAGUACUUGAAGGAUUAGGCAAGAUGGUCAGAGCCUAUAUCUAUCAGAGUAUUUGAAGGAUUAGGCAAGAUGGUAAGAGCCUAUAGCUAUCACUUGUAUUAUUUAUGUGGUAUCCUGCACAUCAACAAGGAAAAUACAAAGCAGUCAUGUGUGGAGCCUUGUCAGCACCGAACCUUGAAGGAUCAGACUUCAUAGAGUAUUUGAAGGAUUAUGCUUCGUAAAAACCAAAUCCUUCCAACAAUAAAAAA